UUCACAUGGUAGCUGCCGAGCAGUUUGUUCGGCUUUUUAUUUAUUCCUACGUGAGCAGACCCACUACACUUCUUGCAUAUAAACAGUGAAAAUUACAACAUAAAGGACUCAUUAUUCCUUCUUUUGGAGUAAUUCUGCUGCUGGCCAAAGCCUGGCUCAUGUUGCAAGGAAAGGAAGGACCCUCUCUGCAGGUAAUUCCCCUGCUUCAAGACCCCCCUCGCCUGCUGGCAAUGACAGUCAGGUCUCAGACGCUGCGGACCCGGGCCAGGGGCCAGCCAUUCUCGGCUUAGAUUCCCAGAGGCCGCAGCCACGGAUCACUUUGCGCACAUGUGAACCCCUGCAAGCCUUCCGAUGCCUCCACUGUGUCCUGGUCAUGCUCCACUGGGUUCUGUGAGGCUACUGAGAAGGACAAGUUUCCCUCGCUGGAGAAAAGGGGCAGAGCAUGAAGGAAAACAAUGGCCCUGCAGGAGCCAUCUGGGAUUGACAGAAAUGAGGCCUUUCCCUUAGAAGCAUCCUGUAUCGUCAAAGAAGCCAGCCCCCAGGUCAGUGACUUCUCUGCCCGCUUACAUGCUAUGGAGAGAAGAUGCCUUUAAGUUUCCUGCAGUUUCACACUGGAAACAUGCUCCAGAGGAGGAAGCCAUCUGUUGCAGGCAGGUUUCUUUUGGAAUUCACACACUGGGAGUCUGGCGCUAUCCCCUAAAUGGUACUUUUGUUGUCUUUUUGUUCAAGACAGCAAGCUUUUUCCAGGAUCAGAGCCGCGUGCCAGCCACCCUUGAUAAACAGCCUGCCAGCCUGCUUGGUAGAUCGGAUGUUUAAUAAUUAGCCUAACGCAUUGUUUAUCUAAGUGGCAACUGUCAGUGCAAAGAAAUGAUGUUUUAACUGCCAGAGACGCAUUACGGAGAGCUCACAAGUGAGAAUCCACAGGCCGGGCAUGGCCAACACAGCUUCCCAGAUGCAGAGGAAAGGGCCGCUCCAUCUUGGCCGGCAGGUCUCUAUGUCUGAGAUGCUAUCAUCAGAUGCUGCUCCAAAGACCUAAGGACAUGUGCCCAGGAGAAGUGUAUGGUUCCAGCCUUUUCAACUGAGGCUCAAUGGCCCAACAAAAUAUGCAAGUGCGGCCUGUGCUUCUAAAGCGUAACAGCCUAGAGUCAGUGGAGUUUGUGAAGCCACCGCACCACCGCAGGAGCAAAUCUCAGCAGGUGCGAUUCAAGGAGGAUGGGACCAGUAAGACCCCGCCUGGCCUAACUGAGGUCGAUGUCCACACUUCUGAAGACCCGACCGUGAUGGGCAUGACUCAAGUGCCCAGGCACCAUCACCUGCCCACCUACUCACUCUCCUUCCCCAGGUCCCAGAAGGCAGGGGGCUUUCGGAACAUCGCGAUCCAAACCUCCCCCAGUCUCAGGAAGCAUUUCCCAGUUUUCAAAAGGAAGAGACUCACAGCCAGCAAGUCGCUGGUAGAAAUGCCAACAGCAUCCCCAAGUGCCAUCCAGGUCAAUGGCAACCUCUCUGAGCAGGACAUCGUGUCUUCUGACCUUGCCUACUUAAGGCUGGCUCAGCAUCUGGAGGAUGGGCCGUGCAGGGUCAAGGUGCCUCACCCGUUUCUCCCCAGAAUGUCCAAGGUGCAAAGCAACGGGCCUGUGAGCAUAUGCUUGGAAGCAGGGACAUGGAGAGCCUCAGAGAAAGCAACAGCUGCCAUUCAGGUCCCAGAUGAUAUUUAUCACAGCCUGACCUGGGCAGCCAGAGCGUCCAACUUUAGCCAAGACAGGUCUGCAGAGAUAAGCAACUCCAUCCACCCUUUGGCUGACAUGUGUCCAGGUGAUGGGAGAAGAGUGCCAUCAACAGAUGCCGAAAGAGCCCCCUCCUGCGUAAACGCCACCAGCGGUGCCAACCAUGUGCCAGGCCCAGGGAAACUUAAACCCGAAUUGCAUUGGCCCAAAGACAACUCUGAUGACAAAGACUUUGGCCUAUUGUCAUCUCGGCCAAAAGAAACAUGUGUUCCCUCGCCUCCACGGACUCGCAGCUCCCCAUCCCCAGGCUCCUACAGCCAACCAGCCCCCCCAGGAAGGGCUUCGGACUGUUCUUCACUGAGUAGCAAUCACCAGGAUCUGCUGUCACCCAAACCUAACAACGCAUCAAAACCUGCCCCUGUAUGUCAGGGGCUGACAGCGAAGAGCCCCACCAAGCCAGACACCCCGGAGUUUCGAAAUUGUCCAGGAAAUGAUCAGCUCCCGUCCUCUCCUCCAAAGAGGGAGCCCCAACUUCAGAGCCACAAGGAGGCCUGUGGGAUUAAUCAGAUCCAUCUGGCACAGGGAGAGCUCUGCGACCUCCAAGGCAGGCUGCAAUCCGUGGAGGAAUCUCUGCACUCGAACCAGGAGAAAAUUAAAGUCCUUUUGAAUGUAAUUCAAGACUUGGAGAAAGCUCGGGCUCUCACAGAAGGGCGCAACUUUUAUCGAACAGGCCAAGAUCUCAACAACUGCAGUACCUGCCAGAACACGGCGUGCAUCAUAUACAGUGUAGAAUAUGAUUUUCGGCAGCAGGAAGGCAGGUUCCAUGAAGUUCUGCAGAGUCUGGAGGAAGCAGAACCAGCUGAGGAGCCAUCUGCCCCGCCAAAGUCCCCGGCUGAACCCCCGGCUCCUGAGAAACAGGACUUGAGGCGGAAAACCAAGAAGGUGAAGAAGAAAUGCUUCUGGUGGAUCUGAGCUGGCGGGGACCCUUCCCUGUGCGCUUCCUAAAUACCUCCCCGAGGCGGGGAGACCACUGCCUGCAGGCCUUCUCUCCUUCUCAGCCAAGGCCCAGGCUGUGAGCUACUCGACCUGCCGAACGGGAACACUCAGGGCUGGUUGAGCUGCUGCCGGACACCUGACCGCCGACCUCACCUGAGUGAGUGCCACUGCGCGCUGGGACUUCACAGAUCCUAGAGCGACCCCCUGCCUAGCUCCCUGUCAUGCACAAACCAGGCCACAUCCUAGUUUGCGAGUCCAGAUUCCCACCAUGAGCAGAGCCCCCAGCGCACUGUCCAGCACCUCCAUGAUGCUAAGCACUUCCUUCCCGUCCUGGGUUUGCCAUCCCAAAAGAAAGAGGCAAAGAAACGCAGAGCAGGAAGCGGGAGGAGGGCUGUCAGCAGGUACACCUGAAAAACGUGAGAUGCACAAACGGGCAGUUUUCUAAGAGAUUGGCGGACGUAAGCACAGCAGAAAUGGGCCGGACAUAAGCACGCAAGCUCGCCUGGUGGGUUGGUCAUUUCCAUUUUUAAUUAGCCCCUUGAUCCCAAAUCAAGAAUUUGUCACCUCAUGCUGGGUGGGCCUUACAGUCUGUGGCAGAGUAAGGUCGCUGCAGGGUCUGAGGAGCUCGGUGGCGUGCUACCCCGCAGUCGUGGCUGCUCCGGGGCCCACCUUAGACCAUCGUGCUUCUCAGCCUUGGGCCUGAGACUGACCGCCUGGCCAAUGGGAGGGAUCUGGCUUGGGUUCGAACUUUAAGACCCACAGUUCAUUUCCCUGCAACAUUUAAGAUCAUGAGAUCCAGCAGCCUGUCUGUCCGUUCCAUCUUACCAGUAACAUACAUAAGACUAGGAAAAAACACAACGUUGGGUCUGCUCCGUUCAUUCUCGUAACAGCUUUGUAGAUAAAUUCAGAAGUAUAUUAAUCUACAUAAUCUCCCUUCCUGAUGACCAGGCAAUGGCCACCUGAUUGAAGCAGCAGCAGGACUGGAGAUGAGGAUAUAUAUACAUUUUUUUUUUCAUUUUAGUAUUAAAGACCUUUUCUUCCCAAAGUCUGAAUUCUUUUAAAGUCUGGCUCAUUCUUUUCACAAGACCCCCGUACAUGUGGGCCCAGUCAAAGGUGCAUGGCUGAACAAACUACUAAUAUAAUAUAAUUAAGUAAUCGCUACAUACUCUUGGGGAUGAGACAGGGGUUGGCAAGGCUCAUAUUCCUUCUCUUUAAAUUCUGUACCAGCCUGUGGUUGGAUUGAUGAUGCUUAGAAAAUGGAUCCUAAAGCUCAACAUGGCAUUCAAUGAAGAAGGCAUUUCACAACCCCCUCUGCUCAAGAUCAGAGGUCUGAAUUAGGGUCUGCAGAGUGCAGCACCUGUGUGAACGUGGGCUGUACGUACCCCACUGCAAAUUGAGUCAGAUUGAGCAAACCACUCUGGCAGUUGCACCUUUCCCUGCCACAGUGCUGCAGUGCACAGAGCUAUUUCAGAGAGAGCGGGAGGGAAAUUUGGCAAUGAACCUCGGUCUGCACUAUUUAAGUCUUGGAAUGUCAUUCAAGAUGUUCUUGUUCUGUUCCUAGCGUAAUGUUUAAAUGAGACCGGCAUCCAUAAUGUUAAGUUGGAAUUAAGAUAAAUGCACUUGUCAUACUUAAGAAGCCACGUUUCAGUAAGAUCGGCUACCACUGGCUAAAAGCCACAGAUCCUUCUGUAUCCACACAAUCCACCCUCGUUUGGCCCCAACAAUGGAAAAGAACAGCACAGAGAGAGGCUAAUCCAAUAAAGCAAAAUCAUGUGGGAUUGCUUAUGUAAUUUUAUCUUGUCGCGGAGCUUCCAUCUUAAUUUGCUUUGCUUACACUAAUUUUCAAGUUAAUUUAUAUUCUCAGGCAGCAUGCUGGAAUGAAAAUAAUCCUGUUCCGGGAAUUAAGAGACCCAGGUAACAGAAGAGUCUAGUUCACUAACCUUUGGCAAAUUGCUUACAUUUUCAGGGCCUAUAUGUCCAUUCUCAAAUGGAGAUACAAACGCCUGCUCUUCCUGCUUCAUAAGCUCUGUGCACGGUCCAACAUCACAUGAGCAGAGCGUCCCAGAGCUGAGCCGGAUCAUUUGCCAAAGUUAGCCUGGGACGAUGAAGAGGUGUCUGAGGUCAUUUGCACAAAAAGGCAUAAUCCGACUCUUCAGAUAAUUAAGAAGCGCAUGUUGUCACAUACUUCUGUCGAGUUGGGGGCCUCAGAUUAACCCUCAACUGAAUUAAAUAAAAUUGGGGCUGGAAAACGUUGACAUUUCUAGAAAUACGACCAAACGAGACUGUAAUGAUUCUAUAUACCAAAGCACAACACAGAAUUACUUGGGCCACCAACCUCAAACUGGGAAGGAGGUCUUGUCCGGAAAUUGAAAUCUAAAAUCAUUAUGAGGGAAAAGGACUCGGUAAACACUUUCCUGCUAACAAAAAUAAUCAUCUCUCUGUUUAAAAAGAAACCACGCAUAUACUUAUACCAAAACUGUAUGCUCAUCUACUCGUGUGAAAAUUGCGUCAUUGUAAAAUAUUAUGUGACAUCUUCCAUGAUACUCUACAAAAAAUGCUGUACUUGAGGUUAUAUGGUUUUAUGGAGAGAUAUUAAUUUAAUAAAAAUUACUUUUAUAAAAUUGAAGGUAAAAAGAAUGAUACAUCAACUUAAGUUGCAGGAGUUUAUGUAGCUGCUUUCUCUGUAGUUUAAAAAACAAAACAAAACGUGUACUCACUAUACUUGGAACUUAAUACCAGCUCAUCUAUAGAGCAUCUUCUUAAAGACUAUGUAUAAUGUAAGGUUUUGUAAAUUUCUAAACUGUUUUAAAUGGGAUAUUAUC